AUAUAAACUGUUACAGUCUUCUCUAUGUUUUUUUUUUUAAUUCCUUUGAGUUCUUGGUUGGAGUAACCUCGCCGUUUCUAGUGGAUCUCUUUGCGAUACUUUGGUAACGACGGUCGAUGGCCAAAAAUUCGACACGAAAGAAUUGGACAAUGACCGGGGUCUGUCGAUGGUCGCUGAUUGGUCGUUACCAAUCUUCGAAAUUGCAGAAAAGCACCGAGAAACUGUGCUUAGUCGGGUGAGCAAUCUUAGCACUUUGAUCUUGCUUCGCCAGUUAAUAUCUGGUACCAGUAUAACAAGUGGUAAUUGUAGAAAUGAAUAAAC